UUGAUUUUCUGAGGGUUCUUGCAGAUCGUUCUUCGUGUCAGCAUCUCGUUAAUGAACAUUACCCUGUAAACAUUGAUAGCGAUGUCGAGAAGGGCGAAGUGCGGAUUGUUGACGGAAACUUCAGGUCCCCUUUUGACCGAUACCUUCCUAAUAUCAUGCCAAAAGAGGUCAAAACAGCAAGAUUUCAGCUGAUAGUUCCUACUCGAUGGCCCAGCCAAAGGAAACCAGUAUGUAUCCAUAUGGCAGGCACAGGUGACCAUUUUUUCUGGAGACGGAGGACAUUCCUAGCGAGACCCCUGAUCAAGGAAUACGGCAUAGGGUCAUUGCUGAUGGAGAAUCCAUUCUAUGGAUGCAGGAAACCCAAAGAACAGCUACGAUCCAGCUUGCGGCAUGUGAAUGAGUUGUUUGUGAUGGGAGGAGGUCUCAUCCUGGAGGGAUUGGUCAUGCUACAUUGGUGUGAGAAACAGGGCUUUGGACCCCUUGGCCUGACAGGAAUAUCAAUGGGUGGGCAUAUGGCGUCUCUGACAGCAACCAACUGGCAUAAGCCCAUCCCCCUGAUUCCCUGUCUAUCCUGGAGCAGUGCCACACCUGUCUUUACGGAGGGGGUCCUCAGCGGGUCUGUCCCGUGGCCCGUCCUUGUUACUCAGUACAUGGGCCAACACCUAGAGUACGAGAGGGAGAUCAUGAAACGGCUGCAGAAGUGCCCCAAGACGGAUGCGUUCAGACUAGGACAGGAGUUUGCCUGGAGCUACCCUGAGAGCCUGGACGAUCUCCAGGAUGUCACCGAUGACCAACCAGCGAGAACACAUCAACAUUCACAUCACAAGAACUCCAAAACUAUGCCAGAGGAUUUAACAAAACCUCCAAGAUGUAUCCAAAGCAAGAAUACCGUCCAAGAGUCCAUUUCGAAUCAGUGCAAUGGUAGAACAGAAUCGUGGUCGAUCAGUGACGAGAAACAGAACAACAAAAGUGCAAUAGACGAUUGGCCAAUCGGUAAACUGGACUUGCAAGCAGCUGUCGUGAACUCUUUGAGUGGUUCUCCAAUUGAACUUGAUAGAGACAAAGCACACUUAGGGAGUUGCCAAAGAGACGAUGUUAGAGUAGAAUGUGUGCAAGAUUCAGAGACACAUGUCAGCAACCUGAAUUGCACAUGCAAAGGACCAUCUGCAGUAGAUAGUGAAAUCCACAUUCAUCCUGCAAAAUGCAGAUAUACAGAUACAAACAAAGGAUCGACUUUGGAUGUGCAAGAUGCUGCUGGAAGUGUCAAGUCUUCUACAGAUAAUAAUCGUGCAGCCGACACCAAGGUAUCGGAGAAGAGAAGCAGUGGAAGUCGAGAAAAGGAGAAUAAAAAGAUAAAGAACAAAAGGAAGAUCACAGAUAUGGAGAAUUACCAGGAGUUGAAGAAGGAGGCAUUGGAAUUUAUGAGAGGAGUGAUGGAUGUCACCACGUUUGUAGGAAACUUCUCCACACCCGUGGAUUCCAGCUUGGUGAUCGUCGUUAGCGCCUUGAAUGACGGCUACAUCCCUAGGAAGGGGGUGCCAGGGCUUGAUGAUAUAUGGCCAGGGGUUGAGGUACGUUAUAUUGAUGGAGGACACGUUGCAGCCUUCCUGUUCAAGCAAGCAGAAUUCAGGAAAGCUAUAAAUGAUGCCUUCAACAAGUACUCGAUCAAGUAUGAGAGCAUGCCUACAUCUGGAAGCAAAUCAGAUCUGGAAUCGAGGCAGGAAAACAACUAAGGGUGCAUCUAUACUUGUAUUUUCAGGGCCAGAAUAGUAAUAUAAUUGAACCAUUUAUAUAGCACGUAAAUAUAUUUACGAAGGGUAUACGCUACUGUGCUUAAUUAAUACUUGGUAUCAUAUUAUUGCUAUAACUAAAUCACCAUAUAAAGGUGUCAAAGAAUGUUGCAUACCCAUUCAACUAACCUGGAUCGAGUGUAGCCAUUGUGGAUAAAUUUCACUUCGAGCGGAAGGAAAUACUCAAACCAAAGACACUCUGAUUGAAAAGAGGGAGUCAGAACCACUAACCUUGACUCUUCGUCAUAAUCAGUGAAUUGAAAUAGAAUCAGCAGGUAUGUUGCUCCCAAAUAUUGGGCAAUAUUGCUAGCAGACCCAUGCCUGGUAACUGACUUCAGCCCAUUAAAGUUGAGUGUAGACCAGUUCGUAGUUACUUCAUGGGCAAUUUUGGUCAAAUGACCUCUCAUUUCUUUCAUUAUGAUAAGCAGAUUUCAAAGCUAGAUAUUAUGUAAGCAUGCCUUACAUAGCAGGAUGAAGAAAUUGAAUAGACCAGGUGACUAGAAUAGCACACCAAUGAACACUCGAUGAAGGUAUUUCUUGCAUUUCUACUUUGAAUGCAUUGGCAAGUUAUGUAACAAUGUACUUGGCCAACUGUGAAAUAGUGGACGCAUCGUUUUUUUGUGGAUCUAAUGAAAAACACAGUUCAAAGGAAUUUAUGAAUAAUCAAGACAUCAAAGUUGGUGUUAUCUCAUUUUAACCAUCUAUCACUUGAGUACCAAUGACCUUCUGAUCAUGCGCAAAAUGGAAUUACGAAUUGGCUUAUUGGCAAAGCACUCCUUUCCCAUAGAUCCAUCUCAUGUGUGCAUUUCAAAACAUUCCAUCUACAUUAACCCUAAUAAGACUGGGGGCUGAUUCAGCCCCCCCUCAACAUUUUUCGUGAUAAAUCUGCCGUGUAAACUUUUUUUACUGCGUUGCUCACCAAUUUUUUACUUUCAAGUCUCGCGCAACUUUUGAGACCAAAAUUGUGUCCCCUAGGUACGCGGUUCUGAAAUUUCACAACAUUUUGUAAGUGCAUGCAGAUCCAAAAUUGCUUGAAUAAUGUGAAUUCAUGUACAAAUCCUAUGCAAAUAGUGUAUCAUUAUUUUUCCUUUUACUGAUUAAAAUCAAUUAAUUUCAUCUUGUUUAUGGUCAAAAUAGAGUCCCAGAUAAUUUCCGUUGAAAUAACAAUAAAAACAAAAGACAUUUUAAAAACAAUAGAAUAGAUAAGAAAAUCAAUGUGAGGUUGAAAUUUUUAAAUGUACAUUUGAUCAGAUUCCUAUAGAGUCUGUGAACCAAAAAAAGUAAGCAUUUUGAGCAUAAUUGAUUAGCAAUGAGAUUUUUCGCAGAAUUUGAUCUUAUAGUUUUGUAGAUUAUGCCAUGGUUAACGCGCGUGCCAAUUUUCGUCAAGAUCGAUGGCCGAGAUCAUUCAGCCGCCGCCCCCCCCCCCCCAGUCUUCUUAGGCGUUGAAAUAGUCUAUUUAGGGUUAAAAAUCAAGCAUGAAUGCAUCCUCAAAAAUCAAACAUCACACAGAUAUAUAGAAGAGAAAAACCAGUUUAAUACAAUCAUAUCUCAUGUAUACUUUUCAUAAACGGUUAUUUUUACCCAACGGCAUGAAUACGUAACAUAUUGUCUGUCAUGUUUGCCUUUUAGAAAACUAAUUUGUUAACAAAGUACCAAGAAUAGGAACAUAAUGAAUUUCUAAUAGUUCAUCAUUCGAAGUUUUAUAUUGACAUUCAUGAAUAAGAGACAAAUGUUAAUGAGAACAUUAGUUUUUCGAAUUUAAUACAGAGUAUGCUGCAUACAAUAAAGGAUAUUACUAAGUAAUGAUUAAAUCAUAUGAAGGGAAAUAUAUAACAACCAAAUAUAUGUACAGAAUUCAUUUGAUGUGAAUAAAAUUAUGAAAAAUAAA